AUGAAGACUAGACCUGCAGGGAUCGGCAAUGCCAACGCCGACUGGAUGGGCUCGCUUCCUUCGAAGCUCAGCUCCAUGCCCCUCAAACACCUCGCAGUGCCAGGCUCACAUGAUUCUUUCACUUACUGGGUGGAUGUGCACGCUCCUGUGGGACCUGACCAGAAGCCUUAUGUCAAGUAUCUGGCCACUAUGUUCAGUGUCUUAGCCAAGAAAGUCAUGGUGAAGUGGUCCAUGACUCAGAAUCUGACGUUUAUGGAGCAGCUGGAUGCAGGAAUUCGUUACUUUGAUCUCAGGGUGUCCUCCAAACCAGGCGAAUCUGGAACUGAGAUUUAUUUCAUUCAUGGCCUCUUUGGACAUAAAGUGAGGGAUGGCCUGAUAGAAAUCAACUCCUUUCUGUGUAGACACAAGAAAGAGAUUGUCUUUCUGGACUUCAAUCAUUAUUAUGCGAUGAAGCCAGAGCACCACGUGUACCUCAUCAGCAUGCUCCAGGAGGUGUUUGGCAGCAAGCUGUGCAACAACUGUGCUGUGGAGAGCAUCACCCUGGACUACCUCUGGGGAAAGAAAUACCAGGUGAUCGUGUUUUACCAUCAUCCUUCAGCCCAGGACGUCCCUGUAAUGUGGCCAGGCAACAAGAUUCCUGCUCCCUGGGCAAACACUACCGAACCUUACAAACUCAUUCAGUUCCUGGAAACCACGUUGAAGGAAAGAGCCAAACAGGGGUCCUUUCAUGUGACCCAGGCGAUCCUCACACCCACACCCAACACUGUGGCCAAGGGUCUGGUGUGGGGGCUCCGCAACUACCUGGUGGAGAGAAACCUGCCAACCAUCAUAUCCUGGGUUGAGGCUCAGCGGCCGGGCGUGGACGGAGUCAACAUCAUCACCUCGGACUUUGUGGAGCUCACCGACUUUGCCAACAUAGUCAUCAAGCUUAACAACAUGUUGCUGUCUGAGCAAGAUCACAAGCCGAGAUGACACAUGUUUUCACAACAGGACAGAGGUGUGCUGACCGCAGGACAACGCCGGUGGUGAAGGGAGGAUAUUUCUUUCCUGAAGUAACUUU